AUGGCUCUUCGGCACUGGCUUCAGGCUUUUACCACCUUACCAUGUUUUUUCCCUACCAUUGGUGCUCAGUCUUCACCUGGCAUAAUACCACCGGCUCAGGUCAUCAUACCAGAAACAACUGCCGCCAACGGUCCAUUAUUGGAAUUGGAACGGGUUCAAUUGACGAAUGCUGUCAUAGAUCGCAUUGCGAACGAAAAUGUCACCUCUUCCAUAGCCGAUCUUGUUGGUUUUGACCAUAACGGAACAACAGUAGACCACAACUUCACUGCCUGCAAAAUGUUCCCUGGCGAUGCACUGUGGCCGUCACAGUCACAUUUGAAUGUCUUUGAUGCCUUGCUAAAUGACGGUCUAGUUCCCACCGUGCCAAUUGCUUCGCCCUGCUACGACUCAAAUUGGGGACCAAAGGACGUCGCCAAAUGCAAUAGUGUGGUGAGCAGCUUCACCAAGUUCCCAAUCCAUUAUCUUGGGAAGUCUACUGGUGCGGGAUCAAUCGCUCUCUGGAUGCACAACAUCAAAGACAUUAUAUUCCUUCCUAGUUACGAAUUCGAAGGCUACGCUGGCAAGGCUUUCAAGGUCGGUGCUGGUGUGACGUUGAGCGAGAUCUACCGGGCAGCGGAUGCUCAUGGUGUGACGGUGCUGGGAGGUAUUUGUCCGUCUGUAGGCUAUGCUGUGGGGUAUCUUCAAGGUGGAGGACACACACCACUCAGCGGCUUCCAUGGCAUGGGCGCCGAUGCAGUUCUGGCAUAUCAAGUAGUCACCGCAGAUGGCCGCUACGUGACUGCCUCCAAAACGUCAUAUCCAGACCUAUUUUGGGCACUCCGUGGCGGUGGACCUGGCACCUUCGGUAUCGUGACCUCCGUUAUCGUCAAAGCCUUCCCCGAAACCGACGUUACACUUUCAUCUUUCGUUCUCGGUAACAGUACUGAUGGCACCCAAUUCGUUUCGCGCGCAAACUUCUUCAAAGUGCUCCGCGUCCUCUGGGAGUCGUUUCCUGCCUGGACUGAUGCGAAUACCUACUCGUUCUUUUUCGUUUUUAACACAAAUGGCCAAUUGACGCUGGAUAUGAGGAACUUCUUCGCACCAGGCCACACCCCGGGGUCUUACAACAACCUGACCAAGCCGUUCUUCUAUACUGUCAAAAAGUUUGGCCUUGCAACCUCGCUCCCUGGUAACCGCCUCGUUCCCAAAACAAUGUGGAACAACCCUGAAAAUUUUGAAGUAUUGUGGAAGACAGUAGUAGCGCACGUCGAAGCUGGUCACCACUUCGGCAUCUACCACCAAGCACCGGAUAAUCCACAAAAUGUUGAUAACGCCGUAUCUUCAGCAUGGCGUAAUGCCCAGUCAUUCUUCAUCACCAAGUCAGCCAACUUUCCAGAAAAUGCAUCUGCUACGGUGAUCUCUGAGGCGAACCGUGCGCUACAUGAACAGAUCCUGCAACCGUGGAGGGAUAUCACACCAGCCAGUAAGGGAGGCGGGUCGUAUUUAAAUGAGGCUGCUGUUGAUGAGCCAAAUUGGAAAGAAGACUUUUAUGGGGCUCAGUAUGAGAGGCUGGUAAUGAUUAAGCGGAAAUACGAUCCAACAGGCGUUUUUUAUGCUACGACUGCUAUAGGGAGUGACGAGUGGGAGAUCCGAGGCGCUCCUGACUUGGGCGUAACCACGCAGAAUGGAAGGCUGUGUCGGGUCUGA